AUGUCGAAGGUAAUGCGAAGCGUCAAAAAUGUUACCAAGGGGUACUCAGCGGUGCAGGUGAAGGUUCGGGAAGCCACCAGCAACGAUAACUGGGGUCCCACGGGGAGCCAGAUGGCCGAGAUUGCAGCUGCCACAUUUAACACAUCCACGGAACUGUGGGAUCUUCUUGAAGUAAUCGACAAACGUUUGAACGACAAGGGCAAGAACUGGCGUCACGUCCUCAAGUCCCUCAAAGUUCUGGACUAUUGUCUCCACGAGGGAUCCGAGCUUGUGGUUACUUGGGCGCGCCAGAACAUAUACCUCAUCAAGACGCUCCGCGAGUUCCAGUACAUCGAGGAGGACGGUCGCGACGUUGGCCAGAACGUUCGAGUCGCAGCCAAGGAACUCACCUCAUUGAUUCUCGACGAGGAACGCCUGCGGGCUGAGCGGGGUGAUCGGAAGUCUUGGAAGUCUCGUGUGACGGGAUUAGACGAGUUCGGGCCACAGUCUUCGGAACCUUCCCAGCCGCGACAGCGAAACCGCGAGAGGCGACCGGCGAACGACGAAGAGGACGCCGAGUACCGUCUGGCACUCGAGGCUAGCAAGUUCCAGGAGGAGGAGGACAGAAGAAAGAGAGAGGGUCGACACAGCAACGAGGAUGACGACGAUGAUUUGGCCAAGGCCAUCAAACUGAGCAAGGAAGAGGAAGAACGACGACGUCGAGAGCUCGAGGAGAGUAACGCAAACUCGCUGUUCGACGACGAGCCCGCACAAAGCGCUACUCAAGCGCAGUAUACAGGCUUCAACCAGGGGUACCAGCAAGGCAACCCUGUCGACUUUUUCGCCAACCCCAUCGACCAAAGCCAGAUGCAAACGCAGCCUACGGGCUAUAUGCCGAAUGCGUACACCGGCUUCCAGCAGAACCAACCGACCGGAUUCCAACCCAAUUACAACAACGCCUUUGGUAUGCAGCCAGGCAUAGGCGUGGACCCUUACGGACAACAACAGCAAAAUUUGGGGGCAUUCCAGCCUCAACCGACAGGAUUUAAUCCUUAUGCCCAGCAACAGCAAGCACAGGCACAGCAAUCACAACUCCAGUCACCCUCACCUUCCGAGCCUACCCUCCACCCAGGUAGCAAUAACCCCUGGGCGACAAAGAGCCAGCCGCAGUCUCUUGCCCCAACACCGACCGGAUCCAACAACCCUUUUGCACAGUUCAACCGUCCGCAGUCGGCCCGGCCCGCGACAUCGUCGCUCAGUCCUCUGCCGGAGCAGAAGUCACUGUCAACGUUCAACCAACCGCAACAGCCGCUCCUCCAGCAGCAGCAGCAGCCGUCGUUUAAUAACCCGCAGCCGUCGUUCAACAACCCGCAGAAGAACAUGAACGAAUACGAAACGAAGCUCAACUCCCUGCUUGCAACUGGAGACGGCAUGGACACAUACGGUAACACUGGCGACCUGCGAAUUCCGGCUCAACACACGGCACCUGGUACGUUUGCCAAUAGUGCUGGCUCCGGCGUCCAGAGGCUCAACGCGGACGCCACGGGAACCAACCCGUUCAUGCGUCAGCAGUUUACUGGCAUGCCGAGCAUAAGUUACGGUAACCAGGCGACAGGGCCCGCGGGCCUCAACGGGAACGGUAACCCGUUUGGAGCUCAGCGGCCGCAGCAGCAGACGCAGAAUCAAGACCUGAUUCAGUUUUGA